UCGGAGAAGAAACGUAAUCUUGCGAUGGAAGAUAACUCGCCGGAGACGUCGGAAAAAUUAAUCAGCUCCUUCAUUGAGGUCACAUCUUCUUCUAGAGAAGUAGCUAUAUCUUUUCUUGAAACUCAUCAAUGGAAUCUCAAUGCUGCUGUUUCGACCUUCACUAAGAACGAAGUCGCCGUCGCCGCCGAGCCAAAUGUUCCAAACCCUAAAGACGAACAACUUCUCCGACGUAAUAGAAGUCCGUUUCCGAAUCUUCGAGUCCGUAUCCCUAAUUCAUCUUUUUCUGCGUUUGAUGGCUCUUCCGGUUACUCUCCGUCGCGGUUACAGUUACGACCACCGUUUCCGUCGUAUCCUUCUAGUGGUCAAUUCUAUCGUCUUCACUCAAAACGUGCAGCAGCUAAUCCAUUUUCGAGGCAUACGAUUAAACGCCGUCAAGGCGAUGGAAAUGUCCGUAUCGAUGAUUUCUCCGGUGGAACUGGUAGCGAUUCCGAUGAAGCUCUGGAGAAUUACGGCGGAGAAGAUAAUAGAGCUAUAGAAAGAACUGAGCAAUCAUCUGGAGAAACUGAUUCACCUGAGCUUGAAGAAGAGCUUGAAGGAGUCUUUACGUACACUGUAACAAGCUGGAGCAACGGUUUCACUGUCGAUGAUAGUUCGUUAAAGACGUUGGAUGAUCCGGAAAAUGCAUAUUUUCUGGAGAUCAUAUCGAAGAUGGAGUCCCCGCGUGAACUCGCUCAAGUCCGUGUUCAAGUCAAAAUCAUUAGGCGUGAAGAAGAAAACUUCACUGAAUCACAAGCCGGAUCAGACUCUGCCUCAACUGAGCCACCAGCUUUAGCUGCCUCACUAUCAAUGAGAGCUAAGGAGUCAGCUAUAGAAAGAUUUGAGCAAUCAUCAAAGGUAAUGUCUGGAGAAACUGAUUCAGCUGAGCUUCAAGAACAACAGCAAGAAGACCAGCCAUAUAAAGUAGUCACGUCCACUGUAACUAUUUGGAGGAAUGGUUUUACUAUCGAUGAUGAUCCGUUUAAGAGUUUGGAUGACCCGGAAAAUGCAGCCUUUCUUGAGAGGAUAACAAGUUUGGAGUCCCCACGACUACUUGAUCCACUUAGUGUUCAAGUCAAACUCAUCAGGCGUGAAGGAAACUUCAGUGAAUCACCUUCAUUCCACGGUGUCGGAAGCACUCUAGCCGAAUCAGACUCUGUCUCUACUAAUCUACCAACUUUAGCCACCUCACCGCCACCAUCAAUGGGCUUAAUAGUGGUAGAUCCUACAGCGCCAACAACCUCGAUUCAGCUCAGAUUAGCAGACGGCACACGCCUAGUCACCCGUUUCAACACUCACCACACCAUUAGAGACAUUCGAGGCUUCAUAGACGCGUCUAGACCAGACGGCUCCAAAGACUACGAAUUACUCAUCAUGGGGUCUCCUCCUACACGACUGCCUGACUUUGACCAAACCAUAGAGAAAGCUGGCAUCGCCAACUCUGUCCUCGUCCAAAAAUUCUAGCUCUUUUCCUAAGUACAUGCGACCAAAUCUUUAGUUACAGUUGGUAAAUAACAUCAGAAACUUUUUUUGACUUUUAGUAGUCUUGAUGUGUUUGACUCAAACUUUUAGACUAGAAUCAAUGGUCAAACGCUA